CCAGUUUUGUGUGAUCAACAUCAAGAGUGUAGAAGUAGUAGUAGUGCAUGGUUUGUGCGUGUAUUGCCGGUCGUUGCUGCGGUGCGAUGCAACGAACGGCUCGGCUCAGAACAUCAAAUGUGACCGAAACCAGUAAUUUGAUCCCUAUCGUGAGGCUGUUCCAAGUACCUCAUGAAACCAAGCCCGCGAGGAACUACGGAAUAUUUGUUCCAUUCCGCGUGGGAUCCGAAAAAGUGUGCUUUGAUUUGAUCCAUCUGGCACGUCUUCGCAACGCCUGGCAUCUGAUAGAUUUCUCUGCAAAAGUUUAGCAGAGAAGGUGUCAUCAGCACGAGUCUCGUGUUCGCUCGGAAAUAGAAUGCAUAAACUUCGUCGAAACGAAGCAAGGUGACGAAGAAACGAAUGUCCGCAUCGGUGAGAGUAUCCCCGGUUAGAUACCGUUGACUCUGCAGAAGCUCAUCCGCCGCAUCAAACGCAUCUGUCAGUUCUUCGAUCGCCUGAUCAUAUGCUCUUUGCGUCUUGGCAAACCCGCAUCUAUAUACACCAUGGAUCAUCAUUGGAUACAACCAUUUGCUCACUUCAUUCAGCCUGUCAAGUCCAUCAUCGUCGUCCUCGGUGUAAAGAUCGAGUUCCGGGUUUUGGGCGAAUUCGUUGAAACAGGAAUUGAGCAUGUAGGAAAUGUCUGACGAUUCAUUGUUGACGAUUGUAUUGAGCUUGGUGUCCCAAAGGAGUGGAAUCGUGUAUUUUCCAGACGUAUCGUCGGCGUGCUCAUAAAGAUUUCGAACGCUGUACGCGUUGAGAACAGGGUCUGGAGCGUUAUCAGGGUAAGCAGGUGGAAAAGGGCCGCCACGACCCAUGGUGUUGUGGAACGGUCUACCAUUCGGAUCUCCAAAAAUCCAGCCUCGAUGUCUGUCGUUGGGAUUGUUCGGAUUUGUGUGCCGCCAAGUCGGGUGCACAAUCGUGACGGACACGACGUCUUCGAGUCCCUUCAGCGCUCGAACAAUGAGAGCUCUGUGCGAUCCAGGGCAUGCAUACGAGGCAUAAAGAUGGUAUCGUCCGGCUUCGGGUGGAAACUGAGCCCCCGGUUCGUCACUGAUGAAGCUACGCCAAAUAGUCUCUGGUCGCGGUGAUGCUUGCUGCUGAUUGUAAAUUGAAUCAUCUUGAGAAGUUGCUUGUGAAAGUUCAAUCUUCGACACAUCUUCCUCGAGGUUUCGCAUAACUCCUGAAACGUCUACACGCUCCCCCUGAGGAUCAAUUCCUGCGCGUCGCAGUCUCUGCUCGGAAGCACAGAUAUCGAUUUUCUUUUCUCUAUCCGUAUCAACUUGUAAGUUGAUACUGUUUGAUUUGUACGGAGAGACUGAUUUCGACCCUUCGGGUUGGACGAGGUGCUCGGCGGUUCCAUUCUCGCCAUACAAAACAGCUUCUCUGUCGAAGUCGCCGCUCUGGAUUCCUCUUUGGUCUCCACUACUUGGGUGUCUGAUAGAUGACGAUGGUCGUUCUCUAAAGUGGGGAGUACUAUACUCUCCUUCUCUUCGUCCAUUUCCUUCGUGACUAAACAGGUCUACUCCGUUGGAAACAUUCAUGUCCUGCUCGGUUCUUGGAUACUGUGUGCCAUCGUAGCGUCGAUUGUCGAUCAAGAAAUCUCUGCUUUUUGGGUCCAACGUUUUGUACUCUAUUCUAUUGGGGUUCGAUGGAUUUUGAUUUGAUGGACUACAUGAAUCCCUGCUUUGGUGCCCAUCAUCGCGACCCUCUUGGUCGUUUUCCCAUUCUUGUCUUGAUUUGCUUCCAUCGGGGCUGAAAAUACGACCAUCUUUGCUACCGCUACCGCCCCAACUGUGCCGCGUUGAACUUGCGUCGGGACUGAAAAGGACAACCCCGCUGGAAACAUCCAUGUCCUGAUCUGUUCUGGGGUAAUCAGUACCGUCCCAGUGACGAGUGUCAAGCAAGAAGUCUUUGCAAUGCGGAUCUAGUGGAUUUGGCUUAGGACGAUCCCUGUGUUGAGAAUUGUUGUCAUCGCGACCCUCCUCGUCCCAUGAGUUCAUCAAUCGAGAAAUUGACGACCUCCUUGAGACAUCGUCGGGAUCUGCCAAGGAGUCUCCGUAUCCAAAGCUGAAAGAUCUCCGAUCCUUCUUCCUCGGGGACAACCAGGAUCCGAACGAUUCCGCGUAGAAUCCUCGGAAUCCGUGCAAGAGUUGCUCCGCCUCCCGGCGUCUCAUUUUAAGUUCACGCUGACGCCGCGUUUGUUCCAUGAGAAAAGAGUUAUAAUCGAUAGCACUCAUAUUAGACGGAUUUCCUGAGUCAGAUAUUGACCCGAAGGAUUCCCUCUUGUGUUGAUGUUCACGGCAUGCUAUUAAAAAGUCCUUCGCUUCUUCUGCUGUCUGCAGUGGAAUCGAAUCUAAUUUUCAAGUUAGUCAAACGUAAGAAUGAUACAAUGAAAGGCACAACAACAAUACAUUAGUAAAUCUUUA